AUGUCUAGAGUUUGCCCAAGCUGGAAUUUUACCUCAAACCAUGACACGGAAGAGGACGGGAGAAUCAUUAUCUUGUGGAAGUACCCAGCAACUGUUCAAGUUUUGCACCAAUCUCGGCAGUCUCUUACUUGCGAAGUCUCUCUCCCUCGUUUACCCCGAUUUACUUUCACUGCGGUCUAUGCUUCCAACCUCCGUGAAGAGCGUCGUUCCCUUUGGGACGAUUUAUAUGAAGUUCAAACCACUCUCUUCUUGGAUCAUAGGAACUGGAUCAUUGGAGGGGAUUUUAACCAGAUCACCCACCAUGAAGAACACUCUUCCUCCUCUGUCGCUCAACUUUCCAGCGAUAUGACCGAAUUGCAAGAUCAUUUUCUUCGGUUGGGAAUUUCUGAUCUUAGAUUCCAAGGAUCAUACCAUACUUGGACCAACAAAUGCCCCUCCUCCCCUAGUACAAAAAAGCUUGAUCGGGCAUUAGUGAAUGGGAACUGGGUUGAUGCUUUCCCGAACAGUGUAGCCUCUUUCCUACCCUAUGAAUUUUCCGACCAUACUCCCUGCCUCAUCGACCCUUCCUGUCCCCUUCCCUCAAUUGGAACCCGUCCCUUCAAGUACUUCAACUUCCUCUCAAACCACUCUUCCUUUCUCACUGCGGUUGAGAAUGCAUGGAUUCUAAGUGGGAGCUUUGCGCAUGACCUCCACACAAUAGCAGCCAGUCGCAAAGCUUAUAACUUCAUUCGAUCACUCCUCCUACCUUCUGGUGUGCUUGUGACUGACCCGGAGGAGAUGUGUAUUAUUGCAGUUAAUCACUUCAAAGGGAUUUUGGCACCUACUAACCUUUCCCAGCUAGUUUCCUCUCUUCAGUGGUUUGAUCAACUUCAACCAUUCCGGUGCUCUGACGAUCAGAAAUGCAGUCUUGCCUCCUACCCUUCAGCAGAGGAGAUUCAGAGAACCAUCCUAAAGCUAAACCCUCACAAGUCCCCUGGACCUGAUGGGUUCACCUCGGCCUUCUUCAAGGACGCUUGGACAAUUGUUGGCCUGAAACAAUUGCAGCAACUAAACAAUUCUUCACCACAGCCUUUCUGCCAGCUGCAACUAAUGCAACAAUUCUCACGCUGGUUCCCAAAAGGCCGGGGCUAUCACAAGAUAGGAGGGCCCAAGAGAAUCACACUCAAAGUAGACAUAGCGAAAGCUUUUGAUACUAUAAGAUGGGAAUUCAUAUUCCAGUGUUUGAGAAGCUUAGCUGUUCCAGAAAUUUUUCUGCGAUGGCUCCAUGCUUGUGUCUGUACCACUUCUUACUCUCUGGGUUUCAACGGUGCUACCUACGGGUUCUUCAAGGGUUCUAGAGGCCUUCGCCAAGGUGACCCACUUAGUCCCUAUCUGUUUGUGCUAGCAAUGAACUGCCUAUCCUUAUCUCUGAACAAAGCAGCUAGGGAAGGUCAAUUUGGCUACCACUCCAAGUGCCAAAGAACGAGCUUGACUCAUCUAUGCUUCGCCGAUGACCUCUUAAUAUUCUGUGAUGGUGAGCCUGAGUCAGUUACCGCCAUCUUGAAUAUCCUAAAAGAUUUUGAGCUUCGUUCGGGACUAGCGAUUAGCGUGGAAAAGACCUCUUUGUUUACUGCAGGAAUUAAACCCCAUGAGUUAGUUCAGAUAAAAGCAGCUACGGGGCUAUCUGAAGGAACUCUACCGGUAAGAUACCUAGGAGUGCCGCUCUGCACCAAGAAACUGUCGCUAACACAUUGUGCACCGCUGCUCCAAAGUAUCAAAUCCAAGCUGCAUUCUUGGACAGUACGCACUCUGUCUUUUGCAGGUAGACUUCAACUCCUCUCUACUGUCAUAGCGGGCAUAGUCAAUUUCUGGUCUUGCGCAUACAUCCUUCCCAAAGCCUGCACAGAUGAGAUUGACUCGCUUAGCAGCAAAUUCCUAUGGAAAGGCAAAACCGAUGGUCCAAAUGCAGCAAAAGUGGGUUGGGAAAGUGUAACAAAACCUAAAGCUGAAGGGGGGUUAGGCCUUCGUAACUUGACUCAAUGGAACAUCGCUGCUGCUCUCAAACUCAUUUGGAUUCUUUUCUUCAGACAAGACUCUAUCUGGUCCUCCUGGUUCGUAACUGAAGUUCUCUGCGGGAAUGAAAAUAAUUUUUGGGUCAUCAAUACAAAACAGAAACACACCUGGAUGACAAAUAAAUUGAUCUCACUAAGGGAUAUCGCCUACCCUUGGAUCAAGGCUCUACUGGGAAAUGGAGAGAGGACUUACUUCUGGUCUUCAAAUUGGUCCCCCUUUGGACGCAUUAAAGAUUUCUUGCGUGGUGAGGCCUCUGCUUCUCUUGGAAUCCAUCAAGACUCGACCCUGGCUGAACUCUGGGAGCUGGAUCAUUGGGUUCUUCCUGCAGCGAGAUCAGAAAACCAGGUCAAAAUCUUCUCACAUCUCACAUCACUCUCUAUUACUAAUCAGCCAGAUCAACUUCUAUGGAGCCCUAACAACUUGCCAUCAGAGAAAUAUUCAACACAACUCAUCUAUAACCUGAUCAGGACGGCUGCGCCUGCUGUUCCAUGGCACAAGGAAGUUUGGUUCUCUGGAGGUAUCCCGAAACAUAAGUUCUUAACUUGGCUAAUGACCCUAAAUCGUUGUCCUACUAAAGAUAGGAUGCUCCAGUGGGGGAUCCAAAUUGAUGGUGGAUGCGUGCUCUGCCAAACUCAGAUCGAAUCCCGGAACCAUCUGUUCUUCCAUUGCAGAUACUCUUGGGACGUUUGGUCGUCUCUAGCUUCACGUUGCUCGGUUUCUCCCUCCCCUGAUUGGGACGUGACAUUGACAACGCUACACAACUACAGGGGGACACGACCAUGGAGGAAGCUACUACUACUCUCCUGGCAAGCGGCAAUUUACCUCCUAUGGUCUGAACGUAAUCAAAGACUCCACCGAAACCGGUUCAGGUCAUCAGACUCCCUCCUAUUGGAAAUUGAUAAGCAAAUCAGACUUCGGAUUGCAAGCUUCCGGCUCUCAAACCCGGCUGAGUCCUCCCAACUUCUCCAACUUUGGUUCUCUUCCGUUUGA